AUGCGCGGUGAUUUACUGCCAAAGCCGCAACGACGUUCAAGACAGCAGAGCGAGUCUGAGCAGGAAUCGCCAGCCCCGCGCAAAGCUCGUGGCUCGCGGCGCAAUUCCACCACAGAUGGCAGUGGCAGUAGGAGCCGGGGCUCAGCCCCCUUGAGUCUCGAUGCGCUUGCCAAGCUUGACAAGACCAAUGCUAAAAAGGCCGGAGGCUGGGGAGCUUACGACUACGAUGACGAAUACCUAAAGGAAGUUCGGAGGAAGGAGAAGAAUCUAGAAAAGGAAAGAAUCAAGGAAGAGCGCGCGGCCAAAAGAAGAGACGAGCUGGAAAAUGCUAAGCGGCGUGCUGCUGAGAGCGAUGCGGCCAUGCAUGAGGACAAGGCCAGGAGGCGGCGAGAGGAGCGACGAAGAGCGGCCGAAGUGCGUAAAAGUCAGACUGACGACGAGGCUGAGAGGAAGAGGAGCACACAUACCGAAGACGAGCGGGAAGAUCGUCGACGCAGACAAUCGGCUAGGCCGGCACCAACAGAAGCAGAGGAGCGACGAGAGCGAAGAAGACAAGAAAAGCAGCACAGAACCGAGCAGAAGAAGCGGCGUGUCGUCAGCGGGCCGUUGGCAGAAGAAGGUGGUGUCGACGACGAUGACGAAUAUCGGUACAUGAUGGAAAAGCGAGGAGGCGCAGGGAGUGCACCAACCGUAUACUCGGAAGAAGAGAUGGCAAAGAAGAAGAAGCGGAAGCGCAUAAUUAUCGGUGUUGUCUCAGCAAGUGGAUCACCGGCCGCCUUAUCGGGACCAACCAACAACAACCUAAACGGAAAAGACCGCAAUAGCGUACCAGAAGCAGAUCGGGGCGGGAUACUGGACCCAUGGUCAUGGUAUGAUACUACUGACUUCAACGUUACCUACACCAACGAGCUGGUAGGAGGUCUCCCCGUCAUCGGACUCAACUCCACCUGGAACGAUGAUGUUCAAGCCAACCCCAAAGUCCCGAAGCUCUCAGACCAGUUCGAGUACGGCAAAAUGCCUAUUCGUGGCGUCAACGUCGGUGGCUGGCUCAAUCUCGAACCCUUCAUUACUCCGUCCUACUUCCAGCAAUACGGGUCAAAGGACAAUGUUGUUGACGAGUGGACAUUUCUCAGCAAGCUAGGCCCCGCAAAGGCCAAGGACACGGUGGAACAACACUACGCAAAGUUUAUCAACAAACAGACAUUUGCUCAGAUCAGAGAUGCUGGCAUGGACCAUGUGCGCAUUCCUUUCGGCUACUGGAUGGUACAGACCUAUGAUGACGACGUCUACGUACCGCAAGUGUCAUGGCGCUACCUUCUCCGCGGCAUAGAAUAUUGCCGACAAAACGGCCUGCGCGUCAACCUCGACCUGCACGGUGCCCCUGGCAGUCAAAAUGGAUGGAACCACUCUGGCCGCCAGGGCACAAUCGGCUGGCUCAACGGCACAAACGGCGACCAAAACGGACAACGCACUCUAGAGGUCCACCACAAGCUCUCCGUCUUCUUCGCCCAACCGCGCUACAAAAAUGUCGUCACAAUGUACGGCCUCGUCAACGAACCACGCAAUGUCGAACUCGACACCGAAAAAGUCGUCGCCUGGACGCAAAAAGCCAUUGACCAAAUCCGGGCCGACGGCAUCAAAGGCAUAAUCGUCUUCGGCGACGGCUUCAUGGGCCUCGACAACUGGCAGGGAAAACUCCAAGGCAACGACGACCUCCUCCUCGACGUACACCAAUACGUCAUCUUCAACACUGACCAACUCAAACUCAAACACCGCGACAAGCUAAACUUUGCCUGCGAAGCAUGGACCCAACAAUCCAAACGCUCCAUGAACAAAGCCACAGGCUUCGGCCCCACCAUGUGCGGCGAAUGGUCCCAAGCAGACACCGACUGCACUAAAUACAUCAACAACGUAAACACCGGUACCCGCUGGGAAGGCACUCUCCAAUCCACGGAUAAAAGCGGGGCUGUACUAGUCCCGCAGUGUCCACUGGAAUCUGCACAGUGCUCCUGUGACGGCGCGAACGCGGAUCCAAGCCAGUAUUCUGAGCAGUAUAAGAAGUGGCUCUAUCAGUUUGCGCUCGGUCAGAUGGAUGCGUUUGAGGCUGGUUGGGGCUGGUUUUACUGGACCUGGGAGACGGAGGCUAGUACGCAGUGGAGUUAUCGGAGGGGGCUUGAGGCGGGCAUUUUGCCCAAGAAGGCGUAUGAUAGGGAUUGGAAGUGUCCCGGCGGUGGGGUUAAUUCGCUGGAUAUGUUUGAGGGGCUGGCGGAGAAUUAUUAG